CGCUCCCUGCCACACUGCAGCCUCAUCUGCAACUGCUCGCUGAACAAGAUGAAGGGACUUUUCACUGGACUGUUCCUUUCUGCCUUGAUCCUAGUUCAAGUUAAUGCGGUGCCCACACUUAAAAUAAAACCUCCACCUGGUCUAUGCCGAACUAAACCAACCGAUCUGGUCUUCAUCAUUGACAGCUCUCGGAGUGUUCGGCCUCGAGAAUUUGAACAGGUGAAAGUAUUUGUAUCCCAGGUAAUCGAAUCCCUUGACAUUGGCCCAAAUGCCACCCGGGUUGGACUGGUCAACUAUGCCAGUACAGUCAAAAACGAAUUCACCCUCAAAUCACAUCGCACCAAGGCCAGCCUCCUGCGAGCUGUUUCCCAGAUCGAGCCACUCUCUUCAGGCACCAUGACUGGCUUGGCCAUCCUAUUUGCAACCAAUGUUGCUUUCAGUGAGGCUAACGGGGCAAGAGUGAAAUCCAAUGGUGCGAGCAAGGUAGCUAUCAUUGUGACCGAUGGCCGUCCCCAGGACCCAGUACAAGACGCUGCCACCCAUGCCAAACAGAAAGGCAUCGAGAUCUUUGCUAUUGGUGUGGGCAGGGCAGAGCUGAACUCCCUGCGUGAGAUUGCCAGUGAACCCCUGGAAGACCAUUUGGACUAUGUGGAAAGCUACAGUGCCAUAGAAAAACUUUCCAAAAAAUUUCAGGAAGCUUUUUGUGUGGUGGAUCUAUGUGCAAGUGGGGAUCAUGACUGUGAGCAGAUCUGCGUGAGUACUCCUGGCUCUUAUAAAUGUGCCUGCAAUGAAGGAUUCACAUUAAACCCAGAUGGAAGAACGUGUGGGACUUGCAGAUCAGGAGCUGUUGAUUUAGGUUUCGUUAUCGAUGGAUCAAAGAGUGUGAGACCUGAAAACUUUGAACUGGUAAAAAAGUUCAUCAAUCAGAUUGUCGACUCCCUGGAUGUUGGUGACCAGCAGGCGCGUGUUUCUCUUGUUCAGUACUCGAGCUCAGUCAGGACAGAAUUCCCCCUCAACAAGUUCAAAACAAAACAAAGUAUCAAGUCAGCAGUGAAGGAAAUGGAGUACAUGGAAAGAGGAACAAUGACAGGCCUGGCUCUGCAACAUCUAUCUGAAAAGGUUUUCGUCCCAUCUCAAGGAGCACGAGAGAACAUCCCAAAAGUUGGCAUUGUUUUUACUGAUGGUCGCUCACAGGAUUAUAUUAAUAAUUAUGCCCAAAAGAUCAAAGAUCAAGGAGUUAAGAUGUUUGCGGUUGGAGUGGGGAAUGCACUUGAGGAAGAAUUAAGGAUAAUUGCCUCAGAUCCAGUUAAAGAUCAUUAUUAUUAUACUGCAGAUUUCAAAACAAUGAAUCAAAUUGCAGACAAAUUACAGGUUAAGAUAUGUGUUAAACCUAAAGACCUAUGUGCCUGCGAGUCACUAGUGGAGUUCCAAACAAAGGUCGAGAAAAUAAUUAAAACACUGACAUCCAAACUAGGUGCCUUCGCAAAAAAACUGGCAGCUCUUGAGAACAGACUUCUUGUCUAAUAGAUACUGCUGCACUUUUCCUGACAACUGUUAACAUCAUCAAAUAUACUGAAAACAUGCUUAAUUAAUAUACAAGGGCAUAUGAAUUACUAAAAAAUGCUUUUAUUUUAAAAUGUCUAGUCUAGUUACCUCUCCUUAUAAAGGAACUCUGUAACAAUAAGUGCAGUCACUUUCAUUUGGACAAAGCGCUGUGAAAUAAGCUGGAAACAUUGACACUUUUAGCAAUAUAUUUUGUAUAUUAAAGAAGGAAAAUGCCAAAUAUAAAACUAAAUCAUAAAUUCAUUUGUAUUUAUAUUGUAACUUACUUGUUUGAUACUAAUUUUGGUCAACCAUAUUUAAUCCCAGGCCUAUAUAUUUUGUCAACUGGUUUAAAAAAGUCUCAUAAUAGAGUUCCGAAAUUGACCAAUAAAAUGCCACAUGAAAUACAGAAACAAACUUUCACGGUUGUUCAGUUCUAAUGUGAGAUGAACAGUUAAAAUAUGUUAUACCUAUAAAAUUUUUGGACAAAACCAGGAAACAAAAGUGGUUAAAAUUUGUGUGUGGCCACGAGUGCAGUACACUAUAGAGUUUCACCUGCCUGUUGUACUCCUCUCCUGAUGGAAUUCAUUGGCCUUAUUAAAUCUGAAUAUCAAAAGGGAGUGCAACAGGGUGGCAGUAACAUAGCAUCUUCUCAGUGCUAGUAACCAAAGACCUAUUUCUAACUCAAAAUGUCUCAUAUGUGCCUUUUAAAGAUUCAGAUAUUUAUGUAAGUAUAUUUAAGAAGAAAAGGUAUCAUGGAUUCUUCAGAGUUUUGUUUGGAUGUUCUGUUUUGUCACUUUUGUAAAACUGUAUUGUG